UGAUGAUCGGACACGCUGAUUUCAUUGUCUGAGGCGGCAGUGGAAACCCUGGAAAAAUCUCGCUGAAUCCGCCUGUCCCAGCAGUGGCCUAAUUGGGUCCCUCUAAUCUCUUCCGUGACCGGACCACGCCCGAGAGCAACAAUUGGAAGAGACCCAGGGCAUCAUAAAAUGUGGAAGAAGAAAUAUAUUCUCCAUUAGUAUGAAUCUACGUUCUGUAUUUACUGUAGAACAACAAAGGAUUUUACAGCGUUAUUAUGAAAAUGGAAUGACAAAUCAAAGUAAAAAUUGCUUUCAGCUCAUAUUACAGUGUGCACAGGAAACUAAACUGGACUUCAGUGUAGUCAGGACGUGGGUUGGCAAUAAGAGAAGAAAAAUGAGUAGUAAGAAUUCUGAAUCAGGAACAGCAACAACAGGAACUGUUUCCGGUACCUCUUUGUCAGCUCCAGACAUCACAGUCAGAAAUGUGGUUAAUAUUUCUCAACCCUCAAGCCAACAAUCUUCUUGGACACCUGCCAAUAAUGAUGUCAUUGUAACUGGCAUAUACAGUCCAGCCAGUUCAUCAAGUAGGCAAGGAACAACCAAACAUACAAAUACACAAAUUACAGAAGCACAUAAAAUCCCUAUUCAGAAAACAGCCAGUAAAAGUGAUACUGAAUUUCAGUUACACAUUCCUGUCCAAAGACAAGUAGCACAUUGUAAAAAUGCCUCCCUGCUCCUAGGUGAAAAAACAAUUAUUUUGUCAAGACAGACAAGUGUGCUAAAUGCUGGAAACUCAGUAUUCAAUCACACAAAGAAAAACUAUGGAAGCUCUUCAGUGCAAGCUUCUGAAAUGACAGUACCUCAAAAGCCAUCUGUGUGCCACCGACCUUGCAAAAUUGAACCAGUUGGGAUUCAAAGGGCAUAUAAGCCUGAAUACACAAGUCCGGCAUCACAUAAUUUAUGUGGACAAAAGCCAACUAUAAGAGAUCCUUACUGUAGAACACAAAAUUUGGAAAUCCGUGAAGUGUUUUCAUUGGCAGUUAGUGAUUACCCCCAGAGAAUUCUGGGAGGAAAUGCCCCACAGAAGCCUAUCUCAGCAGAAGGAGCUUAUUUGUCCAUUGCGAUGGAGACUGGAGAUGCUGAGGAUGAAUAUGCCAGAGAGGAAGAAUUGGCAUCAAUGGGAGCACAGAUACCAAGCUAUUCAAGAUUUUAUGAAAGUGGCAGUUCCCUUCGAGCUGAGAACCAAAGUACAACUUUGCCUGGGCCAGGAAGAAAUAUGACAAAUUCACAAAUGGCGAAUAUUAGAGAUUUGUCAGACAAUGUACUUUAUCAAAACAGAGACUACCAUUUGACCCCACGGACCUCAUUACAUACAACAUCAAGUACAAUGUACAGUAAUACAAAUCCAUCACGGAGUAAUUUUUCUCCACAUUUUGCAUCAUCAAGCCAAUUGAGAUUAUCACAAAACCAAAAUAAUUACCAGAUUUCAGGAAGCCUUACUGUGCCUUGGAUUACAGGGUGUUCUAGAAAAAGAGCACUACAGGACCGCACUCAGUUCAGUGACCGAGACUUAGCUACCCUUAAGAAGUAUUGGGACAAUGGCAUGACCAGCCUGGGCUCUGUUUGUAGAGAGAAAAUUGAAGCUGUUGCAACUGAAUUAAAUGUUGACUGUGAAAUAGUUCGGACUUGGAUUGGGAAUCGAAGAAGGAAAUAUCGUUUAAUGGGGAUUGAAGUUCCACCUCCAAGAGGAGGUCCUGCUGAUUUCUCUGAGCAGCCAGAGUCAGAUUCUUUGUCUGCACUCACACCAGGAGAGGAAGCUGGGCCUGAAGUGGGGGAGGAUAAUGACAGAAAUGAUGAAGUAUCCAUCUGUUUGUCUGAAGGAAGCUCUCAAGAAGAGACCAAUGAAGUUGUUCCAAAUGAGGCAAGGGCUCAUAAGGAGGAGGACCACCAUGCAGUAUCCGCAGAUAACGUGAAAAUAGAAAUCAUUGAUGACGAAGAAAGUGAUAUGAUAAGUAAUUCUGAAGUAGAACAGGUGAAUUCUCUCUUGGAUUACAAGAAUGAAGAAGUCAGAUUCAUUGAAAAUGAGCUAGAGAUUCAAAAGCAAAAAUACUUUAAACUUCAAACUUUUGUUAGAAGCUUGAUACUAGCUAUGAAAGCUGACGAUAAGGAACAACAACAGGCACUGCUGUCAGAUUUACCUCCUGAAUUAGAAGAGAUGGAUUUCAAUCAUGCCUCGCCAGAGCCUGAUGAUACCUCAUUCAGUGUGUCUUCUUUAUCAGAGAAAAAUGCUUCAGACAGUUUGUGAUUUGAGGGGGAGAUAUAUGAUGCAGUCUUUUGGCUGCCUAACAGGUGUGCAUUUCAAGAUAACUGCAUUCUGUUACCCUGAUAUUCUUCAGUUGGAAAAACACAUUGUUGAAAUAGACAUAUUCUAUGAAGGAUGGACAAGACAUAAUGGCUACAGUGCACAAAAUAUAUGUGAAAUUUAAAAGCAUUUUUGGAAAGUUUUUUUUUUUUCCAAACUGAUGGAACUCUGGAAAAAUUUAUAUUUAAUUUUUAGCAGUUCAGCCAUGAAAUAUUAUAUGUUUAAUUUCUGAAAGAUUUUUGCUCGGAAAAAUCUUGGAUUGGAUUGGAAUUGGAUUUUCAUAGAAGGAUCUUAAUUUUAGCAAUAGUUUUAACCAGAGACACAACAAUAAAAAUAUUUUGACAUUACUUAUCAAGUUGCUAAAGUUUUAUUAGCCUUAUUUUUGUGGCCAUUGUAUCUUCUUUCUUCCUCUUUCCUUUUCCUGUCAUCCACAUACACUCUUACUCAGGAAUUAGACUGAAAUUAAAACAAAACUUAAAAAAAUAUUAUUAGACCUGGAUGAGUCCUAGAACUUAUUUUUCAAUCCCUAUGAGAAUUUGACUUAAGCUAAUGAUUGAAAAUUGAAGAGAUUACAAGUAGGAAAUUGUAAAUGUUGAUAUUCUUUUAUUAUCUAACCCAGAUAUUUGCAGGGAGGGGUGAAGCACUAUAGAAAGUUAAUUCACUAACAUAAAGUCAAAUAAAUUACUAAAUGUACAGCAACAAAAUGUUGUAAAACAUUAGUCUUAAUGGGAAUUCUUCAUUACUGCAAAAUGACAAAUGUUGACAAGAUUCACAUUCUACUAGUAAAUUUGUGUAUAACUGAGUUAGAUGAAAUGUUGAACAAAUGUUUCAUGUUUAUCACCAUCUUUAUAAUAUUUUUUCAGUUCUUAUAUUUUAUGAAACAGGAAAUCAAGAUAAGCCACUGAUAUAUUUUUUUUUAAUUUAGUCACUCAGCUUUGCCACAAAAUUUACCUCAUUUCCAUGUGAGGCUUGUAUAGAGCCAUCAGCCAAGGAUAAUAUUUAAAAAGAGCUAAACUACUUGGUUGUGUAAAUCACAGUCCUCCGAAAUUCCUGGAAACUAUUCUAUGUGUACACACCUAAAAUGGGCAUGUUACCCACUUGUUUUAUUAGUAGGUACCAGAUGGCAACACUGUAGACAGUUCUUUGCAGAUCUUCCUUUCCGAGGUACCAGAUGGUAUUAUUAAGAACCAUGGAAGUGAAAAUGCCAGUUUCUCCCUAAGCUUACAGUGUCAUAUAUUUGUGACUUGGCGGUGUGGAAUUGUGUUGCAUGGUUAAAUUACUAUCUAUACCUAAAGAUUAAUAAAGUAGCUAGAUGGCUGUUUUGACCAUCAUUUCUAUUUUAGAUAUUUUUAAAAUUUGUAAUUAGAGGUACUUUUGAUCUUGUAAUUCAUUGAUACCAACUUAUGAAUGCAGAAAUGCAGUCAUGAGUAUCUUUAACCAUGAAAUGUCCUCUCCCUCCCACUCAAAUAGGUAAGGCUCAUUGAUGGUCAUUCAUUUUGUCAAUUAUUUAUUUGAUUUGAUAUUGCUGGCAUACUCCUGCUACAGUUCUUUGUUAGUAGGAAUAUUUCAGUGGUCAGGUAUGCUCCCUUUUAGCUGAGAGCCAUAUGUUUUUUUCAAACAGUAUUUAGUAUUCCUUGCAGACAAAUCAAAUUCCAUUCAGAGGAAAGGAACAAAGUAACAGAACCUCAGACAUUAGGAUAAAAUUUAUCAGUCAUACCAAUUCUUCCAUGAGAUAAAGAGUCUCCAUUAUAUACAAUAAAUAUAUAAAACAUUUCUUAAGUAGCAUGAGCUAAUUCCAGCCCUUCAAGUCUCCCCUAGGGUCGACUUCCCAGUCAUUGAGUUUAUCUUUCAACUCUAAUUUCUAAUUUAAGCCCCUUCUUAUUUGGUUCUCAUUGCAAAGUAAGGAUAGGUGAUUCUCUCCUGCAUCUUUCAACACUAUGGAUUAUAUGUGUCACACUUCAGCAAUUAGUCACUAAAUCAAAAAAUAUAAUUAAUUAACAGUGGUGGAUAUUGGAUUUCUCAGCAAGCUGUAAACUUCACAAAAAAUUAUUUCUUAUUAAAUUCUACCAAGAUAAAACUUAAAUGGAAAUUUUAAUAGAUUUAAAGAUUCUGCUAGGUAUAAUUUCUAGAAAGAAUCUUACUCUGCAAUUUUGAGAGGAAACAUAGAUGAUUCCCUUGUCUCUGUUUAAACUUCCAUUAAAAUAGAAACAGUACACUUAGGACUUAAAAAUAAAUCCUAACAGUACACUUAGGACUUCGUUUUUCUUGACAUUUGGGUUUCAGCAUCAGAAUUAUUUACUAUCAUUGGAAUUAAGACACUUCUAAAAUGAAAUAUGGCUUUUCUGUAGCAGGAACCAAAGAAAAUAGUUGUAGCCAGAAAAAAGAAUCACAAUUGGCAGGUUGAAAAUAUGCAUGGUAGAAUUUCAAAAAGAUGUCAAAGUCGAGUAUUAAAAGAUUAUUAUGAAAAAGGUAUAUUUUUCACACGUAUAGUUGGAGUUGAUUUUGCAAUGUUUUAGAGCAGGAAAAAUGGCUUGUGGUUGCUCUUAUGAAUAUCUUUAUAGCCAGGGGUAAAAAUCAACUAGUGUUUCUUUCUAUAUGACUUUGACAAUAUUAAAACAUAUGAUACUAUCUGAAGCAUCUAUCAGAGAGACAGAAGCCAAUAUAAAAAACAAAUUAACUAUAUUUUGAUGUCUGCUUUAAGCUUAGGAUAGGCAAGCAGUUUCUAAGCAGGAAAUGUAUAUGUAAGAGCAUUUACCAUACAAAAUGUGUAUUUAAGAGGAAAAAAAAAAGGAUAACUUCUUCAUUUCAGCCAAGCUAAAAUUAGUCACAAGAAAAUCAAAAUGGCAGUUGCCCUGAACAAUAGGAAAAUUAGCACAUGCAAGGAAAAUAUUAAAAGAAAAUUGGUCUCUUCAUGAAACCUGAGGAUGUUUUGUUGUAGGUCAGUUAUCAACAGUAAGACUUUGUACUGCCAUUGCAAUCAUGUAAUAGAAAUGUUUGUUAUUGUUGCAGAAGAAAAGGCUAAGACCCAAUCAUACUCUAUGCUCUGUAUACCAUCCAAACUUCAAAAAAUGUCCAAGAGGCCAUUUAUCAAAAAAAAAAAAAAAAACGUGUCAUUUCUCCAAAGACAGCAACAUCUAUUUUGAGGCACUUUCAUAUACAACAGUCUGUACGUUUGUAGGAUAAAGCAUGAGUGGUGGAUUUAAAGGAAUCCUGGGCAAUAAAAUUGACUUUGUUGCCUUUUUUUGGUGGUGGGGAGGGCAUUCAGCUCAUUUCCAAGGAACAGUUUCCUCAUCUAAGCCUGAGAGUUUAUGAUAAGUUUUUUUAAGAAAUUCUAAAAACUUUAACUCCUACCCUCCUUUCACAUUGCAUUGAUGGUAUACCAGAGAUACUGCUUAUUUUUAAAUUAUAUUAGAUUUUCAUUUGUAUCCUAAAAAAGCAAAAAUUUGAUAGGUUAGCUUUUUAAGGGAGUUAUCAGUACCAUAGUAUCUAAAUGAUUAGUAAGUGGGUAGCUUUCUCUUUCAAAUUGGUGUUAUCCUUGGCAGAUAGCACUGUAUCAUGCUCUUCACCAAGUUAUGCUCUGUAAUGCUACAAUGAACAAGCCUACUAAUGUGUGAGCCUCUAGUCCACAUACCAUUGCUCGAAACAAACCUUUAUUAAGAACAGAAUUGUUAAGGGGGAAAAGAGUAAAAUAAUAUUUCAUGCAAAUGUAAUUAUGAUAGUUCCAUUAAAGUGUAUACUGAGUAUAUAUUGAUCCAUAUUGAAAUUUUAUUUUGCAUUAACUUGUUAAGUAAUUUCUUUUAGCAAUUCUGCAUCUCAUUUUACUGGUGCUACCUCUGAAACAUAUUAUCACCUUAAAACCACAUCAGAUUGUAAUGUGAAUUUUUGUAGGGUUUUUAUUUAAACUUUUAUAGAGGCAAUAAAUGAUUUCCAACUAA